CGGCGCGAGGCGGGGUCACGCAGAAGCUGCCUGCCACUCACGCCGCGGCCUCGGCCCCGUCCGAUUGCUCCCGCCCCUCCCUUUGCCCUUCAAGGCGCCCGGCCCUACGUCUGGGCUUCUUUCUGCGCCGGAGCGCGCAAGCCUUUCCCCUUUUGCUUUCCUUCCCGUCCUUUGCCCCGGACACUAACACCGAUCGGGGCGGCGGGUCCUGCAGUGUCCCAGAAGUCGCACGUAUAACUUGAUCGGCGGGUAACCCAUUCGAUUUCGGAGUUCUUUUAAUUCUUCUGAAAGACUUCAAAUCUUCUAGAAGCCAAAAUGGGACACAGUAAACAGAUUAGAAUUCUACUUCUGAACGAAAUGGAAAGGCUGGAAAAAACCCUCUUCAGACUUGAGCAAGGGUUUGAACUGCAGUUUCGAUUAGGUCCAACUUUGCAGGGAAAAGCAGUUACUGUAUGUACAAAUUAUCCAUUUCCUGGAGAAGCAUUCAAUCGAGAAAAAUUCCAUUCCUUGGAAUGGGAAAACCCAACACAAAGAGAAGAUGAUUCUGACAAGUACUGUAAACUUGAUCUUCAACAGGCUGGAUCGUUUCAGUAUUACUUCCUUCAAGGAAAUGAGAAAAGUGGUGGGGGUUACAUAGUUGUGGAUCCUGUUUUACAUAUUGGUGCUGAUAACCAUGUGUUACCCUUGGACUGUGUUACUCUCCAGACAUAUUUAGCUAAAUGUUUGGGACCCUUUGAUGAAUGGGAAAGCAGACUUAGGGUUGCAAAAGAAUCAGGUUACAACAUGAUUCAUUUUACCCCAUUACAGACUCUUGGACUGUCUAGGUCAUGCUACUCCCUUGCUGAUCAGUUAGAGCUGAAUCCUGACUUUUCAAGACCUAGUAAAAAGUAUACCUGGAAUGAUGUUGGGCAGCUAGUGGAAAAAUUGAAAAAAGAAUGGAAUAUUCUUUGUAUUACUGAUGUCGUGUACAAUCAUACUGCUACUAAUAGUGAAUGGAUUCAGAAACAUCCAGAAUGUGCAUAUAACCUUGUGAAUUCUCCACACUUAAAACCUGCCUGGAUCUUAGACAGAGCCUUUUGGCACCUAUCCUGUGACAUUGCAGAAGGGAAAUACAAAGAAAAAGGAGUACCUGCAUUGAUUGAAAAUGACCAUCAGAUGAAUUGCAUUCGAAAAAUAAUUUGGGAGGAUGUUUUUCCAAAGAUUCAACUCUGGGAAUUUUUCCAAGUAGACGUUCACAAAGCAGUUGAACAAUUUAGAGGACUUCUUACUCAAGGAAAUAGGAAAAUAACAACCAAACCUGACCCAGAGCAACACCUUAAGAUUAUUCAAGACCCUGACUAUAGACGACUUGGCUGUACUGUGGAUAUGAACAUUGCACUAGCAACUUUCAUACCACAUAACAGUGGGACAGCUGCUGUUGAUGAAUGCUGUAAUUGGUUCCGUAAGAGAAUUGAGGAAUUGAAUUCAGAGAAGUGUCAAGUCAUGAACUAUCAUCAGGAACAGGCAAUAAAUUGUCUUUUGGGAAAUGUGUUCUAUGAACGACUGGCUGGCCAUGGUCCUAAACUAGGACCUGUCACUAGAAAAUAUCCUUUAGUUACCAGGUAUUUUACUUUCCCGUUUGAAGAAAUGACCCUUUCUGCAGAAGAAUCUUUGAUUCAUCUCCCAGAUAAAGCUUGUUUUCUGAUGGCGCAUAAUGGAUGGGUAAUGGGAGAUGAUCCUCUUCGAAACUUUGCUGAGCCAGGUUCAGAUGUUUAUCUAAGGAGAGAACUUAUUUGCUGGGGAGACAGCGUUAAGUUACGUUAUGGGAAUAAACCAGAGGAUUGUCCUUACCUCUGGGCACAUAUGAAAAAAUACACUGAAAUAACUGCGACUUAUUUCCAGGGAGUACGCUUGGACAACUGCCACUCAACACCUCUGCAUGUCGCCGAGUACAUGUUAGAUGCUGCUAGGAAAUUGCAACCCAAUUUAUAUGUAGUAGCUGAACUGUUCACAGGAAGCGAAGACCUGGACAAUAUCUUUGUUACUAGACUGGGCAUUAGUUCCUUAAUAAGAGAGGCAAUGAGUGCUUAUAAUAGUCACGAAGAAGGCAGAUUGGUUUACCGCUAUGGAGGAGAACCUGUUGGAUCUUUUGUCCAGCCUUGUCUCAGGCCUCUAAUUCCAGCUAUUGCACAUGCCCUGUUUAUGGAUAUUACCCAUGAUAAUGAGUGUCCUAUUGUGCAUAGAUCAGCAUAUGAUGCACUCCCAAGUGCCACCGUUGUUUCUAUGGCGUGUUGUGCUAGCGGAAGUACUAAAGGCUACGAUGAGUUAGUGCCUCAUCAGAUUUCAGUGGUUUCUGAAGAACGCUUUUAUACUAAGUGGAAUCCUAGAGCUUCACCAUCAAAUACAGGAGAAGUUAACUUCCAGAGUGGCAUUAUUGCAGCCAGGUGUGCUAUCAAUAAACUUCACCAAGAGCUUGGAGCCAAGGGUUUUAUUCAGGUGUAUGUUGAUCAGGUGGAUGAAGACAUAGUGGCAGUGACAAGACACUCACCCAGUAUCCAUCAGUCUGUGGUGGCUGUGGCUAGAACUGCUUUCAGGAAUCCCAAGACUUCAUUUUACCCCAAGGAAGUGCCUCAAAUGUGCAUCCCUGGCAAAAUUGAAGAAGUAGUUCUUGAAGCUAGAACUAUAGAAAGAGAUGUAAAAUCUUAUAAGAAGGAUGAGAAGUCAAUCAAUGGAAUGCCAAAUAUCACAGUUGAAAUUAGAGAACAUAUUCAGCUCAAUGAAAGUAAAAUUGUUAAACAAGCUGGAGUUGCCACCAAAGGAUUGAAUGAAUAUAUUCAAGAAAUAGAAUUUGAAAACUUAUCUCCAGGAAGUGUCAUUAUCUUCAGAGUUAGUCUUGAUCCACAUGCACAAGUUGCUGUUGGAAUUCUUCGAAACCAUCUGACACAGUUCAGUCCUCAUUUUAAAUCUGGGAGCCUUGUUGUUGACAACACAGAUCCCAUAUUAAAAAUUCCUUUUGCUUCUAUCGCCUCUAAAUUAACGUUGGCUGAGCUAAAUCAGGUACUUUACCGAUGUGAAUCAGAAGAACAAGAAGAUGGUGGAGGGUGCUAUGACAUCCCAAACUGGUCAUCUCUUAAAUAUGCAGGUCUUCAAGGGCUGAUGUCUGUAUUGGCAGAAAUAAGGCCAAAGAAUGACUUGGGGCAUCCCUUUUGUGAUAAUUUGAGAUCUGGAGAUUGGAUGAUUGACUAUGUCAGUGGCCGGCUUAUUGCUCGAUCAGGAGCUGUUGCUGAAGUUGGUAAAUGGUUGCAGGCUAUGUUCUUCUACCUGAAGCAGAUCCCACGUUACCUUAUCCCAUGUUACUUCGAUGCUAUAUUAAUUGGUGCAUACACCACUCUUCUGGAUAUAGCAUGGAAGCAGAUGUCAAGCUUUGUCCAGAACGGUUCUACUUUUGUGAAACACCUUGCACUGGGUUCAGUCCAAAUGUGUGGCGCAGGGAAAUUCCCUUCUCUGCCACUUCUUUCACCUUUACUUUCGGACGUGCCCUAUCGGCUCAAUGAGGUCACAAAAGAAAAGGAGCAGUGCUGUGUGUCUAUAGCUGCAGGCUUACCUCAUUUUUCUUCUGGUCUUUUCCGCUGCUGGGGAAGAGAUACUUUUAUUGCCCUUAGAGGUAUACUGCUGAUUACUGGACGCUAUUUAGAGGCCAGGAAUAUUAUUUUAGCCUUUGCUGCAACCCUGAGACAUGGCCUCAUUCCUAAUCUCCUGGGAGAAGGAACUUAUGCCAGAUACAACUGCCGAGAUGCUGUGUGGUGGUGGCUACAGUGUAUUCAGGAUUUCUGUAAAAUGGUUCCAAACGGUGUUGACAUCCUAAGGUGCCCAGUUUCCAGAAUGUACCCUACAGAUGAUUCUGUUCCCUUGUCUGCUGGCACACUGGAUCAGCCAUUGUUUGAAGUAAUACAGGAAGCUCUGCAAAGACACAUGCAGGGCAUUCAGUUCCGGGAGAGGAAUGCUGGCCCACAGAUAGACCGAAACAUGAAGGAUGAAGGUUUUAAUAUAACUGCAGGGGUUGAUGAAGAAACAGGCUUUGUUUAUGGAGGAAAUCGUUUUAACUGUGGCACAUGGAUGGAUAAAAUGGGAGAAAGUGACAAAGCUAGAAACAGAGGGAUCCCAGCCACUCCAAGAGAUGGGUCUGCUGUAGAAAUUGUGGGCUUGAGUAAAUCUGCCAUUCGUUGGUUGCUGGAAUUAUCUCAAAAAAAUAUUUUUCCUUAUCGUGAAAUCACAAUAAAAAGAAAUGGAAAGACUCUGACAGUCUCAUAUGAGGAGUGGAACAGAAGAAUACAAGAAAACUUUGAAAAGCUAUUUUAUGUGUCAGAAGACCCUUCAGAUUUUAACGAAAAGCAUCCUAAUCUGGUUCACAAACGUGGCAUAUACAAGGAUAGUUAUGGAGCUUCAAGCCCUUGGUGUGACUACCAACUCAGGCCAAAUUUUACCAUAGCAAUGGUUGUAGCCCCUGAGCUCUUUACUGCAGAAAAAGCUUGGAAAGCUUUGGAGAUUGCAGAAAAAAAGUUGCUUGGUCCCCUUGGCAUGAAAACUUUGGAUCCAGAUGAUAUGGUUUACUGUGGAAUUUAUGACAAUGCCUUAGACAAUGACAACUACAAUCUUGCUAAAGGUUUCAACUAUCACCAAGGACCUGAAUGGCUGUGGCCCAUUGGGUAUUUUCUUCGAGCAAAAUUAUAUUUUUCCAAAUUGAUGGGUCCAGAGACUAAUGCAAAGACCAUGUUGUUGGUUAAAAAUGUUCUUUCCCGACAUUAUGUUCAUCUUGAGAGAUCCCCUUGGAAAGGACUUCCAGAACUGACCAAUGAGAAUGGCCGAUACUGUCCUUUCAGCUGUGAAACACAAGCCUGGUCAAUUAGUUCUAUUCUUGAAAUACUCUAUGACUUAUAGUUGGUUCAUAGAUAUUUAUUAAGAAUGCAGUCACAUGUAUUAUGCAAUGUAAGGUCAUAAUAUGAUAUAAAUGCUUUAUAUGCACAAACUCUAGUGAUUUUUAAAAUCUCAUUCAUAUAAAUUUGAUGCCCAAUUAUAAGACUCUAGAAGCAUUGAUUUUCUUUUCUUUCUUAAUGUACAGAAAUAUUUUUUUAUUUGAAUCCAAAAGAAAAUAAUAUUACCAAUGGAACUUUUUUCUUUUGUGUUCAGGAAGUACUUCAAAUAUCUGGAAACAAAGAAUUCCAAAUUCAGAGUUUGAAAAGAAAAAUCAAAUGAUCUACUUGUACAUAAGUAAAAAUAAAACACAAGGCUUAUAAUAAACUUAAAAGAAUCUUUAGCUUAUAUAUUUUCUUCAGUGACAAUAUGUACUGAAUUGGCUGUGGUUAAUUGAUAGUCUUGACUUUUACUACAGUAUUCCUAGCAUCUUUCGCACUGCUUUCAGUAAAUAUUAAAUGGACAUUGAAUCACAGAAAUGUUCACCUACAAUGUAUGUUCCUAAAUGGAGCAUAGGUGUUCAUAAUGUGCUUUUAUUUUCUUCUCUGGUAUAUUAAUAUUUUAAUAUAAUAAAUGCUAACUUUAUAUUUAACACAAUUUGCUUUUGCUAAUGAUGCACAGAUUAAAGCAUUAGGAGUUUAUUUCCUAGUUUUUAGUUUUAUAAAAUUAAUCUUGAGUUUCAGUUUCCUAUUAGGAGAUGUUUACAUUUUCAUAAUGCAGAUUGUUGGGCAUAUUUGUGAGAAUGUUAAAUUUAAAAUACUGUUUAAUUUUCUAAAAUUUAACAAGUAUUUUUAGUUUGUGUAUAAAAGUAUUGAUAGAUCAUAGUAAAUUCUGGUUUCCUAUUAGCAAAACCCACAUGAAAAGUUUAGCAUUAAGAACAAUCUUAAUAUAACAAACAUAUAGAAUUCAGCAGUUUCUUAAAUUCAGUAAAAUUAUUUAAUAGGGUUUUCAUGUUACUUUAAGACACUUUAUUCUGAAAAAGAAAUAGAAGGAACAAGAUUUAUAACAUUUAUAUGAGUUGACACUUUUAAAUGAUACUUAUUUUCUAGAUAAAAUUGUUUUUUACACUUUUGCUGUUUUUGUCUUGUGGAAAUAUUUAAAUUGGGUCACUUUAUUUUUAGUUGAAAGAAAAUAGUUGCAAAAAUUCUUCUUUAUAUUUGGUGUUAUUCACGAGUAUGUUUAUACUUAAUAAAAUGAUGGUAUGCCA